UUCUGUAUUGCCGUUUGUAGUGCGCUACAAAUUUUUAUAUAAUGUCAGCAAAGAGUGAAAAUGAUGAAACAAAAACGUCGAAAAACGAUACAAAAUUAGUCGAUACAUGGGCCAUUCGACCCUGUCAUCUAUAUAAAGAUGAAUACGACGAUUGCAGCAGCUUUAAGGCACGCUUCCAUCAAUAUUUCGUAUUUGGGAAAAACACGGAUUGCUCGCAAUGGCUGAAAGACUUUCAAGAUUGCGAGCGCUAUCAGCGUUCCAAUGGCAAUGAUAUGGAAGCGGGCAACGCUAUAAUCAAGAGCGAGGAGCAGCGACGAUUGGCAAGACUACGCGCACACUACGCGAACGAUACGUGGACGAAGCGUAAACAGCCGCCAGAGGAUUGGGCCAAGCCGUUGCCCGAAUGGCUGGAAAAACGCAAUGAAAACACCUAUUUGGAGUUAAAGCAAAAAGAGCUGAUGGGCUUGUCGGUACCAGAGGCGGAACCGUGUUCUUAUUGCGCUAUUAUGUAGAAAAUAAAACAUUUAUA